UCUUAACACCGGAAUUCAGAUGCCCCCAGAAAUCGGCAUGUAAACUGUUUCUAUCAGUUAUUUCAUGCAAGUAGCAGUAACGGUACGGUACCGUCAAAUUGCGAAUCGAACCGUGUAACCUUAGAAUAGGUGUCUAAUGAAUGAACCUCUAUACCAAAAUAACCAGUGAUGAAUCUCGUAGCAGAAGGAUUACAGUUCAUCUUCCUGAUCAUCUUUUCUCCUGCUCUUGGAGAAUUACUAUUGAUGACCGCAAAGCCGAGCAAUGGCAUUUACCAGGCGGAACCGAGUGCAACCGGAUACCACGAUGCAACGUUUACCCUAACGCCGAUACCCUUUACCUCUUAUCCGUUUGCCAUGGCAUUUGAUUAUCGAUUCGGAUUCUUAUACUGGACUGAUCGAAUAGCAUUGGAAGUUAGCCGGUCCAAGUUGGAUGGGUCAGAACACAGCGUACUAAUUAAUGAAGGUUCGAGUGCUCCACGAGGGAUCGCUGUCGAUACCGUAAACAACCGAGUCUUGUGGUGUGAUAGAGGGAAACAGGAGAUAGAAUUCGUCGACUUCGAUGGUACAAGCCGAGGGGUGUUGGUUGGCACCGGUCUCGAGAUACCAAAUGAUGUCGUUGUGUCCAACAAAAAUGGCGUUGUCAUUUGGUGUGAUACCGGCAUGAAAACGAUUGAACGGUCAUAUUUAAACGGGACAGGACGUGUCGUCAUCGUGAGUGGUAUCGCCAACAUGAUCAGUUUAGCGCUCGACUACAAGGAGGAGCGUGUUUACUGGGGCGACAGGGCUCUUCAGCGGAUUGAAUCGGUGUAUCUUGAUGGAUCUGAUCGCCGCAUUCACGUGACCCAUGUCAAAGAUCUAAAUUCAUUUGAUCCGUAUGGAAUAGCCCUACGAGGAGAACAGGAUGCGAUUCACUUCACGGAUUUUUCAACGGGGUUACUAUACCGGUUGAAACCGAGUGCUACAGAACCGAUGGCUACACAAGUUAAGACAUCCACGUCGUCCCCGCUACCAGAUGCACCUAGAAUGAUCUUGUUUAUUUCAGAUUCCGCAACAACCACGUCCAUAAUCACUACAUCAUCAACCGUUGAUCAUUUGACCACGGCAUCGCCAACGACGCUGACUGAAAACUCAAUAACAACCACUCAGUCCACAACCACUGCAGAAUCAAUCACAGAGUUUUCAUCAUCAUCAUCAACAAAAUCAACAUCAUCACCACCAUCAUCAUCAUCAACAUCUCUCAUGAACUCAAUAACCACUACUCAAUCGAUAACCACUGAUGAACCGAUCACGGACCCAUUGAUAAAGAUUAAGAACUCAAAGCGCUUCGCACUCGGUGUCAACGUCUGUGUGAGGAAUCACGUGAUUUCCACCGCGCGUGUGAAGACUUCGAUUCAGUGCGCGAUGAUGUGCGCAGGCAUCAACGACUGCAUAUCGUUCAACUUUCACCCCGAUGGUGGCCUCUGCGAGUUGAAUGAUGAGAUACAAGAGGAUGUAUUGGAUGAUAUACCAAUAUCUGAUUUGCCUGACAGCAGUUGUCGCUAUUUUGAAAUGAAAUAGAUUAAUUGAACAAUGAAAUAGCCUAAAUGAGGUAAUAGUAUAUAAGGUAGUACAGACAUUGUAAUUUUUGUUCAACUUUUGAUUUUUGUUUGGGAAUUGUUCUUUCCUAAUGUUCAAAAGGUAGAGUACACUAAUAUUAACAAAAAUAUAUUCCAAAAUUAUCAUCAAUAAUUUAACAAGUACAUAGACCUAUAAAGUAAGGUAAGGAUAAGACUAAGACGGCAGCUUCACCCAGUUUCUAAAUGUCCUGGGUAGACAAGCAGCACCAUGAUUGAUGCUGCUGAGUAGGGCCAUCCUCCCGUUUUUCAUUUAUCAAUUCACAUGUUUCAUUUUAUAUGUAUUGUUAUUGGUUUUUUAACGGAAAUAAAUUCAAUUCAAUUCAAUGUCUCCGUUACCCGGUAUCCGCUGAUAAUUGCCUUUCCCGCCAUUUGUGCAAAUAUUCUUGGUCAUUCUUGAUCCUAAAGUCCUCGGGACUUAAUUACCAUAUCACCUAGGAAAAUCACACUCAUACUAGUAGCCAGACAAAAUGUCAUGCAAAACAUUAAUAAAAGAUACAAAAUUUAUAGAGCGCAAGCGCAAACAAACAAUACAAGGAUGUACUUGAUCAAGGUCAAACAUCCAGUAGAUGUACACAAAAAAGAUUGAUAUAGAUUUAUGUAGAUAUUGGUGUACAUGGAUAUCCAUUGGUGUUGUAUAUACAUGUAUUAUGAUGUAUAUAUUAAUGUAGAUAAAUGUAAAUACAAUACUAUCGAUAAAUAUCAUAUAUCUAAUGCAUAAAGCAUAAACAACCAAUAGUAGUAUGUACUAGAUGCAAAAAUCUUGAUAUAGAUAAAAGUGGAUAUUGUAGAUGUUGAUGUAGAUAAAUAAAAGGAUGUACUGUCUGGAUGAAGGUAAAACCGCCUUUUAAAAUAUUAUGCAAGAAUGUCCAUAUAUAGAUAUUGAUGUGCAUGGAUAUUGGUGUUGAUAUACAUGUAGAUAUUGAUGUAGAUAUUAAUGUAGAUUAAUGUGUAUAAGCCAACACGCAAUUUACGUUCACAAAGCGUGACUUUAUGAGUCGUACCUCAAAUAUCAACAAAAUCAUAUGGCGAACGUUCGUUUGCUCAUGCAGCCCCUGUUUCAUGGAACAAACUUCAAAAUUUCCUCGAAACAAUCAAUUCAGUUAACAAAGUCAAAACAGGUCUUAAAACAUACUUAUUCAAAUUGUACCUACCUCAUCAAAAAGAACUCACCAACACUUCUCUUAAUCCUCUCCUUAGUUUUCCCAAGCGCAUAGAGAAUAUUUGUUUUAUGUGCUAUACAUAAUAUAAACAUUACUAUUACUAUUGAUACAAUACUAUCAAUAAAUAUCAUACCUCAAAGGCAUAAACUGUAAGCACAAACAAAAACAAUACAAGGAUGUACUGGAUCAAGGUCAAACAGACUUUUAAUAUAUGCAAAACUAUUGAUAUAGAUAGAUGUAGAUAUUGAUGUACAUUGAUGUUGAUAUAUCAUACCUCAAAGGCAUAUAAGUACAAACAAACAAUUUCAAGAAUGUGGUGGAUCAAUCAAGGUCACACAACCUAUGAAAAAAUAUUGAUAGAUGUAGAUAUUGAAGUACAUGUGGAUAUUAAUGUUAAUUGAUGUAUAUAUACGUAGAUAAAUUUAAAUACAAAACUAUCAAUAAAUAUCAUACCUCAAAGGCAUAAACUGUAAGUACAAACAAAAACAAUACAAUGAUGUACUGGAUCUAGGUCAAACAGACUUUUAAUAUAUGCAAAAAUAUUGAUAUAGAUAGAUGUAGAUAUUGAUGUACAUUGCUGUUCAUAUACAGAUGUAAACACAUCAUACCUCAAAAGUCACGCAGCAUAUGAAAAAAUAUUGACGUUGAUAGAUGUGGAUAUUGAAGUACAUGUGGAUAUUGAUGUUAAUUGAUAUAUAUGUAGAUAAAUGUAAAUACAAACCCUUAAUAUCAAACCUCCAAGCACACAUGUAUACAAACAAUACAUGGAUGUAGUUGUUCAAAGUAAAAAUAACCUUCAGACGCAGAAUAUUGACGUAGAUUAUAGAUAGAUCAUAUUACAUGUAAAUGAUUAUUAGUGUCAGCAAGUUGGGACUACAAAAUUCUAAAGUCCCGUGACUACGAGACUGACAGAGCGGUGUGGGAUGUAAUGAGUUUAUGUAUUUCUUUGCCAUUAGUUGUUUUCCAUUGUCGAGGACGAGUCUACUUUUUAAUUGCGAGCUGUUUGUGUAAGCAAACUGGCAUUCCUUUUCGUCAAGUCCUCUGAUAAUGCUACUUUAUAUCCUUUUCUUAAUUUACGCCGAUUCUUUCUUUCUUAUGUAAUUGGUUUAAUGUCGAAAAUCUGUUUAUCUG